CUUAACGUGUAUCAAAAUGAAGCCAAAAAUUUCUGUUAAAUAUUUAUUUACCGUCUUGUCUCUGAUAUUAGAUACACUAGUAUCUGUUGUUGCUGAAAAGAAGGUGUUAGUCACUGUUCCCAACAUUGAUGUGCUUCUUACAGACAUUCUCUUCAUGGAGAUCAUCAGACCUGCAGAAAUCAGCUACUCAUAUAAAAUCAGGCCUGCCAAAAACUUUGGUGUCCCUUUUAUUCAAAAAUAUUCAAUGGUUGACUUAAUCGCCGCCAAGCCAUACCAUGGAUGUUCUCCACUGACAAAUGCUCAUUUUUUAUCGGGAAAAGUUGUCUUGCUACAAAGAGGGGAGUGCUCCUUUGUGACAAAGACUUUAAAUGCAGAGGCAGCAGGAGCUUUAGCCGUCGUGAUUGCUGAUAAUGAUAUAAGUAAUGAUGUGUCUUUUGUGGAUAUGGUCGAUGACAAUACUGAGAGAGAAGUCCAUAUUCCUUCAAUGUUUAUGCUGGGAAAGAAUGGUCACAUAAUAAAGACAACAUUAGAAAGAUUAGGCAUCCAAUCAGCCAAGAUCAACAUUCCAGUAAAUGCAACCGGUUCCCCAACUCAUAUAGUUUCUCAGCCCCCAUGGACUCUCUGGUAACAAGGACCGCAGCAGGAAACCAACCAUGUGCCAGCAUUUCCCUUGUGUGUGUACCAGCUUUUACAGAUGUUUUGGAGAUAUUGUGGUAAUACUUCUAUGUAGGGUGCCAAUAUUUUUGGAUUGUUAUCCUUACUUGCAGUAUGGAUACUUUGUAAAAAGUACAUUCCAAGCUAUAACCAAUGAAGCCAAAUUUUUGCCACCUUUGUGUCUCAUUUAAGGCAGCACAACCAUAAAGAUUUUGCAGUAUUAUAGAUAUUGCCAAUUUUAGAUAAUAAAUACUAGCUCAGAAUGAUAAAAAUUAUGAAAGUGCCAUUUUAUAUUUUUGCAGCCUAUCUAUAUCAGCUUGUAUAUCAAAUUGUCCUUUUAAAGCAAACCUACCUAUUGUGCUACAAAAUUAUACAAUCUCACUCAUACGGUACAUGCUAACUAGUGACAGAGGAUCAAAUAAGUUAUACUUGAACACAGCCUUUAAGUGUACAUUGCAGUUCUCUAGACUUAGUUUCAGAUAUGCUCACAUUUUGAAUAUUCUCUCUUGGGAAAGAUUAAGUAGAGAGUUUCAGCUGAUAGUUUUAUUGAUACUGAUCAACUUGUUAGCUAGAGAGAAGGUCAUACCAAGUUUUAUUGAUACUGAUCAACUUGUUAGCUAGAGAGAAGGUCAUACCAACGGUCAACAAGUGUGCCACUUUGUCGUUUUUAUAAUUCAUUUAAAAGAAAAACUUGCAGAAAAUAAAUUAAUUACCUUUAAGUGAACUACCUUUUUGAUAAAGAUAAGGCCCAUUUUUGAAUAUUAACAUACACACUAAUCAUCCUACUGGUAUUUAGCUCAUCGUUUUUUUCGAAGUAAAAAAAUGGUUUAGGUGCUGUCAUAGCCUAGAUGUAGUUGUGCACAAACUUCAACCUUGGUCAUAACUCAAAAUCAUUCAAGAUAUUAAAAUAUAAGCUGGUUCAAUUGUAACAAAUGACAAAAUGCACCUGUAAAGCAAGGACUCUGGCUUUAAAAAUAUUGAGUUAUGCCCCUUGUUGGACUAAAAAAAACAGUACCAGACAAGUGUUGGCAUUUACUCCACAUGCUCUUGUUUAUUUGAUAGCCUUUGCUUUAUAACAGUUAUUUGUCAUAUUUGGUACGGUUGUGUUAAAUAUGUGGGUUCGCCCAUAUUUAUAAAGGAGUAUUUUAGAAAAAUAAAAUUGUGAUAUUUACAGAUAUGGAAGCCAAAAACUAGUGACAGAUUUAACUUCAAAUUGAUUUUAUUGAUUAAUCACUUGUUUCUAUGCAUUAACAUACUUUCAAAUGCAAAUCAGAAUUUAACAUGUUUCAAGACAAUGCUUAUUAUACAUGCUUAUAUAUAUUAACAUUUUGUUUAUACUUUUUGGUGUGCUGCAGGUUGUCCUUCAUAGGAACGUAUUUAUCCUCCGUGGUUUAUGGUGUCUAAUGUGUGUAGCCAAAUUGUCUAUGCAAUAAUUGUAACUAUUGAAAUUGUUUAUGAAUAUGAUUGAAUUGUUAACAUAUUUUACUAUUAUAGAGUUAUUGUGUACAUAUAGGAUCUCUCACACGUCGUCUUAUAAUACCGAUAUACAAUUUUAUUCAUCGAGUUAGGAUAUAUGCAAGUAAGAGAGCCUUUGGCGAGCUUACUUACCUAUUUCCUGGAUGAGUCGAAUAAAAUUGUGCAUUUUAUUUUGACGAGUCAGAUUCUUUUUAUUAUAUGCUUUUUCCGGCAAAAAAAGCAAAAAUGACUCACCUGUUUCACCUGCUCUACUGACAAGAUGAAUACCAUUUUCCAUUCUACACAGAAGUGUAGUACCCUGAAUAAUUUGAAACCACACAAACAUCCGAUCAAUUAAACUAUGUUAAAAGUAGAAUGCAUACUAAUUUGAUAUCCAGUCAAAAUAUCAUCACACUAUACUUUUAAGGAAAUUUGCUUUAUUAAAAAUCGGAAUAUCAUACCCGGUAAGAUGUCAUGAUUUUUAUAAAAUAUGCUCGUUUUCUGUUUGAACACAUGAAGUAUGGAGCGUUUUUAAAAAGGUAUUUCAUGAACUCAAGACGAAAUACCAAUCUUUCCUCUUAAGAUUUAGAUGGAAAAUACUACUGUAAUAAAAUAUAUUUUGAUCAUAAAUAAAAAAUGAGAAAUAAACAUAUGACUUGCUAGAAUAUUGCCAAUCGAAUAUUGCGUUUUAAGCAAUUAUUUUUGCCAGUUAAUUUGUUGACAAGCAUGUUGAGUGAUAUAUUUUCUGACCAAUAGAAAUAGAGCAAUGUUAUAUUACACAUGUGUUAUACAGAAGUAAUAUGUGAUGGCAAUAUUAAACCAGGAACAAGGCAUAUGAUAAAAUGGAUUUUAUAUUUUUAGUUACAUGUACCGGUACUUGUAAUACAUGUAGGUUAUAAUAAUUAGAUGUAACAUAAAACAUGUAAAUUAAGUUUUGAUAUCAUAAUCUGUGAUGUAGCAAUUUGAAAUUGUGAACCAGUAAAUUAUAAAUAAAUACUGAUAAUUUUUAUAUUGAAUUUUAAAGUAAUUUAUAAAGAAGAGUUACAUAUUUUUGAGAAAAUAAGUUUGUCAUGUAUCUUAAAAGCGUAGUUUUAAUUAUUCAUGUAUGUAAAUGACAUAUCUAGUGAUGGAAGUCAACUUUCAUCUUUUGUUUAUAGUAUGUAAUAAUACAGCAUGCUCUAUAUUAAAGUGAUAUUGUGAUUAGGAAUGGAGUUUAACAUUUGUAAAAGGUUUUAAUGAUUGUGAAGUGUGCAGUACUCUCUUGGUAUGCACUUAACCCAAUUUUGUUUGUAAACAUAUAUUUGUUAUGAAAACAAAAGUUGAAGGAUAACAAGCACUAGCAGUAAACACAGUGUUGUCACACGAUAGAACCUGAUAGGACUGACAGUAUCGUACACUGUGAGAAUCCGAUAUAGCAAUCUUUUUACAAUGAAACCGAAAGUAUAAAAUAAUACAGCAGUUGUAAUUGUUCAUUUAAUGGCUAUAGUGCUGAAUUGUGUACAUGAAGGCAAAUAUCUACCAGGACAGACAUGUUUAGACCUUUAAACAAUUUAUUGCUCAUAUUUAUUAUGGUUACUGUAAUAUCUGAGUAAGAUUAAAUCUUUGAACAUUGUAUUUUGUGAAAGUAUCAUGGGUUGAACUCAUUUGCCAUCAGUUUUCUUUUUUUAAUCAUUGUAUCGAAAGUCUCAAGUUCUUCUAUACUACCCAACAUUUUUUUUUUACAAGUGUAAAAAUAGCUGUGGCCUUUCCAGGUGUUAUUAAGUUCAGUAUUGAGAUUUUAUAACUUCAGGCUAUUGUCGCCGAGUGGGUUCUCAUCCCCAUUUUAUUACUUAUUAAUAUGUUACACCAAAUUCAUUUUCCAUAUAUUAUUCAUUUAUCAAUUCGCUUUAUUGUGAGAGGUAUCUUAACCUUUUCUUUCGACUCCCUAACAAGAACUGAUUACCACUUACACUACAACAUACAAUUUCUUUUUUAGACAACGCCCAUAUAACUAUUAACCAACCAUACAAAAUACUUAUCAAACUUUCAUUCAUACCAGCCCCUAAAGUAACCUAUUGUCUUUACCUUCAGAACAGAAUUCAUAAGAAUCUAAUUCACACCUUCAUGUUAUAUGCUUUAAUCUAAGUAGGAAAACUGUUGACCAAGUUUCAUUUAAUUAAUUAUGGAAGAUACAGUAUGUCCAGUAAUUAAGAACAAGUCUAGCAGAUGUCUGUAACUAAUAUUGCAAAGACUAUGAAUUACUGCUAGACCAUAACAAUAUAUAGUAAUUAGUAACUAUGAUUUCCACAUGUGGCCUUGCAGACAAAUUCUCAUUAAUUCAAUUUGAGAAAAGUAUAAAUAAUCAAUUAAUAUAAAUAAUCAAUUUUGAUAUAAUGAACUGUUUUAUAACUCUGUGACACUAUUGUGCACUUGUGAAGAUUGUUUUUUGCUUGGGCAUAUGCCCCAAAACCGUAGGACCUUGAAAUGAAUAUAAUACACUUUGGAAACAGUUUCGAAAGAGGUCUAAGUCACUUUUAUUUAGCUUGCUUAGGACAAUAAUCCUUUCAUACUCAAACAGACCUUCCGCUAUUUUUAAGGAUUGGCAAUUAUCAACUGUAGAAAAGCGUGCCUUACUCUAAUUUGGAUAAUCUAUGAAGUCUUGUUGCGUUUGUCAUAUUUUUAAAUGAAUGUAAAGAUGAUGUUUUGUGUUCUACAAAAUGCUCGGAAAUUAGCAAGAAGGAAAUUAUUGUGUAGAAACUCUUUGCCUUUCACUUUUACCUGUUUUUGUUAAGAAUUAUGAUGCCAUUGUUAAUUAUGAUUUAUGUAUUUUAUUGUGACUUAGAUGAUUAUUAUUGAACUUCUUAUCUUUGUUUUAUUACUUGCAAUUGUUAUGAAAUCCAUUUCAAAUCUGCAUAAUAGGUUUGUGAGAAGAUCAGUUCAUUGUUUUGAACCACAUGGUUUUUGCUGCAGUGAUUUUUCAAAGUAAAAUGUCAGGAUACCGCAAAGCUUUCAGGUGUCAUUGUUGUGCGAACAAAUUAACAUUGACCGUAGCUUAUCAACUGUUUUAUUGUUAUCCACAUGGAUUUUUGUACACAAGUUACCAGUAACAAUAGCUAGAUGCUAAGCACAGCCCAUAACUCUUGCUUUUAUAACUGUGUAGUUUUGCCCUUUGAUAGACUGGGGGGCAGGGGAUUAGGGCAAAAACAUCAAGUUUGUAAAUAACUCAAAAACCUCAUUCAGGCUGUUCUCAAGUACACAUGCUAUCAGUGACACUACUGUGUUACUGUGUUGUAGCUCCAUAACUCUGGUGUAAAUAAUAGUCAUAUUAUGCUCAUUUUUUAACUGAAAAAUUGACAACGUAAGGUGUGUUGGAGUUUCCUUAGCGGCACUUUUGUUUAGAUUGUGUUUGCUUGUGUAUAAAUAUUUUAUUCAGGUCUCUUUUGUUUUUCUAUUAUAGCCAUAUUUUUAGUGUCUCAAUGCCAACAUGUUCAUUGUAGAUUUAUGUAUAUUUUUAUGUCACAUAAAUUUAGGCAACUAUUACUAAUUAGAAUUUUGUAGGAUAGUGUGUACAAGAAGUUGGAAACAUCAGAGAGUGGAAAUAUUUCACCUGUAACAUGAAUUAAGAAAAUGUUCUUAUUUUAAGCCGUAUUCAUAAUUUUGUUUUUUAAGAUGUUUUAACAGAUUAUUUCUGUAUUUGAUAUGUAUUCCAUAUAUAUGUAGAAUUAAUUAUACUUUAAUCGAUUCAUUUAAAGACUUGUGAGCAAGUUUGUUUCAGAAGAAUCAAGAUACUUUAUACAUGUAUGCAUAUAUGUUGUUGCCAAAUAUGUUACCAAUGAAUUUCCUAACCACCACAAAAAUUUAUAACAAUGAUCCAUAAUAAACACAUACAAUACGUACAUUUUGGCUGGGUCAUUAUAGAAUAAGAAGUUGAGCCUAGCCUUUCCAGAAAUUAAAUGAUUAUAAACAAGAGCCAUCACAGGAACCUAACAAAUGUGGCCGAUUGGGCCUUGUCAGAUGGAUAGCCAAAUAAAAAUGUUAUAAUGCUAUGAAGUCUGUUUGGGGCAGCAUUGACGUUUAAAUGUGGCCUUGACCUUUGAUAUGAAAAGAAUAACUCA